UUGUCCGUAUUUGUGUAAUGACCCAGUCCCAGGUCUACUCUCGAGUUUCGGUCCUUCAUUUCCAGAUGAUGAUCUGAGUUGGCCGAUACGUAUUUUCGCCGCUUUGAAGAUAAAAAUUAUAGCGAUGGGUUGUCAACGAAACGCUGCUUUUCAAAGCAGUGAAUGAAUUAUUAUUUGCUUCAACAAUGCCGUAUGCCAUGGACUAGGAGUCGUAGAAUGCAGAGAUUAUGGUAUGCAAGCGCGAGAGAUACAAGCGACACCGCAAAGGUAACGCUACAGGUACGAGUAGUUGUCGUGAAGUAAGAGCACAGACAGGAACAGUUUCAGCUUCUGCCUCAAGCUAAUGUGGCAUCUACAUCGUCAUCGUCAUGUACUAAUAUUCCAAACUGCCCGAGAUGCUGGCAUGAUGCUACACGUAGCGUACUGGGUGGCAGCAGCACUGUUACUUCUGUCAUUUGGACAUGCUUGGGAAGAUGCUAAGCUCAGAUGCACGGAAGAUUAUCUGACCAUUUGCCAAGCACGAGACCAUCAUGUUUGUGUCAAGUCCUCCCAAUUGGACUGUUUCCAGCUGAAUCACACCUGCUUCAAGAACACCAGCAUGUCUGCAGAGAUAGUGACCGCAGAUUGCCAAGUUCCUUUCGGCACAUUGGCAGCAGCGUCAUGUAUCUCCAGCUGCAACUCAACGUAUACGUUAACAAUGAAUGAUUCUCACACAUACCGGAUCGAAGACAGUAAUUGCAGCUAUCUACAUGAAAGCAGCCAGUGUUUUCAAAAGGUGGUCUCUACUGGAUUGUGUUCCCCAGCGUAUUCCGAAUGUCGUCGCUUACUAGUUGAAACAAACCAAAGCUCAUGUGCUGAUAACGUCAUCAAGAAGUCAUGCAACAAUUGCAAACAAGGCCCGGAAGACGUGCAAUUACCGGAAGGCUGUCGACAGUGGCUUUGGAAGUAUAGGCAAUGCUCCAUACUGGCCAACGCGACGUGUUUGACUCUCAACAGAACAUGCAUGAGGGUCGCAGCUUUGGGAGUGCACUCCAGCUGCCCCCGAUACCACAGGAGGCGUCUCAUUAGAGCGUCUUGCCUUCAUCGAUGUGGUCAGCCGAUAUUGAAUCCCUACUGCGUGCAGCCUGGCAAGACCGUGAGGGAUUGUGUAGCACGUCUCGUUCUAGCUGAAAUGCCUCUGAUCUACUCAAGGGGAGAUUGUAGAUGUCGACAACGACCCAGCAGACGACCGCCACCACCGCCUCGGAGUUGCCGCGGAAAUUCAAAGGAUCCCUUUAUAAGAACCGUUGAUGGUGUUAAACCAAUCGAGGAUAUAGCAGAUAUAUCUCACCAAACCAAUUUGAUUACAAAAGCGGCCACAGAAUUACGUCAUACGAGGUUCAAGGACAGAACAGAGAUGAAUUGCUCCUUGAUACAUCUUCAAGAUUCAGUCAAAAGAACGUUUGGCAACAGAUGUAGAUGGCAAGGGCGCACGGUUGUUAAUGAUGACGAGAAGAGAAUGGUCAAGAAUUUGACAAACGGCUAUGCCAGCAUGGUGAGCUCAGUUGUGACACAGCUAGGCUGCAUGAAGAAGCGAAGAAGAUGCUGCAGGGAAUACGUUGACACUGGCAGCACCCAAGAGAGUUCUCAAGCCGAUCCGGGUGAUGGUCGUCAGGUUGCCAUGGUGCUUGACUCCUGUGAGGAUAUCCUCGACAGCAUACCACCAGUUGAGAACUCACUGUUGGUUGUAUCAACACCGCAGUUAGCCAUGUCGGUUGUCUGUCCACCAGUUUCCAAUUUGGUGUUCUCUCUAGAUGCUCUGUCUGCUGGAGAUGAGGAGGAAAUUGAAAUGAUCGUUACUGGUGAACACACCACCAGGCAGAAUCGGACAUCUCUCCUAUCCAUCUACAUGCCGGUUAUUCCUGGAAAUGGGAACAGUUUAGGCAGCACGGGCACAGAAGCUGGUGAAUGUCCGGUGCUUCCAAUGCAGUUCACGGUGUUCAAAUAUCCCGAUCUUUUCACAGAUGUAGGCGGGAGUGAUAGCCAGUAUGAAGUAGUCACACCAGUUGUCAGUGCUGCGUUCGCCGACAUAGAAUCGGAUGACCUAAACUUCACAGCCACAUCUGUCAAGAUUGUCUUCAACAUCCAGGAUCAAAAUGUUGACUCCAAUAAGGUGGUGUGUGCAUACUGGAAUGUCACAGAGAGUGAAUGGCUGACAAAUGGCUGCUGGCGCAGUGAGGUGAACAACACGCAUGUGUCUUGUGAGUGCAACCACCUCACUAGCUUCGCUGUGUUGAUUAUUCCAGACCAGACAUCUCUUAGUGAAAUCCUCACUAUCAUCAGCUACGCAUUGUGUUCAGUGUCCCUGGUGUGCUUUCUAAUCACUAUCAUCGUGUUAUCCGCUUUCAAAAAACUACGCAAGAAGAGGUUUCAGCUGCUCAUUCUUCAGAUAAGCGUGCCGUCGUUCGUUACGACUCUGCUAGUCAUGUUCACACAUAAGACGAGCAACGCGAUGGCAUGCAAGGCAGUGGCUGUAUUGCUGCAUUUCAGUGUACUGUGUAUGUUUUCCAUGAUGGCCAUAGCCUGCUCAGAGCUGCACCGGGGUGUUGUCCACGUCUUUGACCGCACGAAGAAGAGUAAACUGAGAAAGUAUGCGUGGCUCAUUGCCGCAGGUGCAUCUGCUGUGAUCGUCAUCACAGUAGCGUCUAGCACCAAGAUGGAUGGCUAUGGCUCAAAAACAGUAUGCUGGUUCAAUCGAGACGGAGCGAUGCGAUACAAUGCAGUGUUUUAUGGAACAUUUGCAACACCACUGGCUUUAAUGUUGAUCCACAACGCUUUAAUUUGCUGCAAAGUUUUAUCACAAAUUACAAAGCGCUUGAAGCGGGAAUCUCAUCGCCAAAAGAUGCAACAGAUAAAAAACUUGAUUGCAGCGAUUACCACCAUCUCCACUGUGAUGGGUUUAUCGUGGAUUCUUGCCUUUCUGCUUCUGGUCAGUCAACACUUGAUCACACAGAUUGUGUUUGUAGUGGUCGAGUCACUUCAAGGUGUGGCUAUACUCCUGCUUUUCAUAUUCCGUUCCCGUCAGGUGCGCAAGACCUUUAAAAUGUGGCGCACCAGAAGACAAUCAGCUAGUCUUGCAUUGCAAGGCAUUUCAAUGCAAAGUCGACCUUCCGUGUCAACCACAGCCCGAUUUUCACUGUCGUCACUAUCAAUGUCGUCGCCUACUCGUACAGCCCGAUUCUCACUGUCAUCACUAUCAUCUUCGUCUACACCCCGUUUGUCAAUCUCGUCACAAUCACCGUUGGCAGUUGACAAUGUGCAUACUGGGAAACAAAAGCGUCGUUCAGGGUCUUCCUCGGAACCAACAUCUAUAUAUAGCUUCUCAGAGGCAACAAGUGCCAAUAAUGACCAGGACGUGUUCAAACCAUGCACCAUUGCCACCAAUCCGUAUAUACAACAAGAUACGUCGCUACCUGUCGUGCCAAACCAGUCUUCUCAGAGUGUCGAAAACACGCUUUACAGUAUCAGGGAAACAUCAUGACAUCUGUCUCAAUCAGUUUUAGUAGUUUUAGCUUUCUCUUACUACUACAAUCCCAUCUAGAAUGAAAGUGCACAAUUAUAAUUCCAACCGUCCAGCAGAUCAAGAACAACUCUUGUAUUGAACAUGCCAAUCUUUGUGAUUUUAAACUUAUUGCCAGGUAGUAUCCUGAUCUGCAUACCAGAUUUAAGCAAGUUUAUCAUCAGUUUAUUUCCUUUGCAAAAUCAAAUUCUCUCCAGUUGUAGUCUUUGGGGUGCUGAGUCGAAUGUUCUUGGUCGGAGGAAGCUGAGACGCUCCCUUCCUCCUAUAAUCCCAUUCGAACCCGCCACUUCUACCCAACCUGACUGACUGCGCCCUACUAAAUGGGGAUCUGUAUGCCUGAAUAUCACUAAAAGCACCUUUUCAUUCUUAGAAAUGCACGGAUGACUGCGAUUGGCCUAUAUGUUGUAGUCUUUUGGACACUGGGUCGACUGGUUUUGGUCCGAAAAGGCUGCAAUGCAGCGUUCGGCCCUUAUUCCCAAUCGAACACGGUUUGAGUAGCGGUCAGGUGCUCGUGCGUACACCUGUUUCCUGCUCGCUUUGCCUGCAGGCAACAACCUUCACACCAACCUUCACACCAAGGUUCAACUCAAAGGUUCAAGUCAAGUGACAGAAACGCGCCCGAACAGGCUGCAAGUUGUUGCCUGCGGGCACGGUGACCAGGUGACUUGUGUACGCAUUGAGCACGUGACCGCCUGCCCAACCGUGUUCGAUUGGGAAUAAGGGCCGGACGCUGCAUCACAGCCUUUUCGGACCAAAACCAGUCGACUCAGCGUCCAAAAGACUACAACAUUAUGGGCCGUUCCUUUAUGAGAACAAAAUGGUGCUUUUAGUGACAUUCUGCAUACGAAUCUCCACCUAGUAGGGCGCAGUAACCCAGUUUUGGUGGAAGUGGCAAUUUCGAUUGGGAAAAAAGGAGGAAGGGAGAGUCUCUGCUUCAUCGAACCAAGACCUUUCGACUCAGCACCCCGAGGACUACAGCUGGUGAAAAUUUAUUUUUGGGUAUACUUCCCCUUUAAUGACCAGUGUGCCAUGCGUUUUGGCAUGUGCGUAUGAACAAAAUGGAAUACAGUUUCAUUUUUUUCUUCCACAGUGUGUCACUUUGACGUGAACAUUGCCAGUAUGAAGUCCAUGUAAGAGUAUUAUACAAGCCUCAUGCCUUGAAGUCAUGAACUCUACAGUCAACUGAUUCCUUCAAUCACGACCAGCUGCUGUUUAGAAAACUUCAAAUGACCAUUUCAGAUUUUCGUGGUGAUUCUUUUCUCUAUUUCACAAUAAUUGUUGUGUCACUGCUAUUGAUUAUGGCCAUGGGCUGUUAUAAACAUUGUAUUAUACUUGUUGCAUGUGCUUCUUUAAAUGCACCCUCCUUCUAUUUCUGACUACUGAAGA